AUGGAAGUUCUCGAAGUCGAUACCCUGGUAUGUGGUGGCGGCAUGUCUGGAAUGGCAUGCACUGCAUUUGCUGCACAAGCAGGGGCGAAAGUGCUGUUGGUCGAGAAGCAGGAGAAAAUUGGAGGCUCCUCAAAUCUAUCGGCCGGCAUGUUCUGGGCACCAAGAACUUUCGAGAAGAUGCGGUCAUGGAUACCAAAUGGCGACGCGGCCUUGCAGCGUGCGUGGAUUGACGAUUAUCUACCGGCGGUACAGUGGAUGCGCGAAAAUGGCGUUCCUACAGCGAAAAGAUUUGAUGGUAUUAUGACUAUUGGGAUCGGGUUUCCCAUCAAGAUCGCUGAGUUGCACAGCCUUCACAGCAACCGUAUCGAAACAAGCAAAAACGCUUCCCGGAUUAUGACUCGUACAACUGUUGUCAAGCUGAUCCAGGAGAACCCCGAGGUCCGAGGAUCGCGUAUCACUGGUGCUGUCAUUCGCCAAGAGGGUUUCGGGCCUUCAUCAGUCUUGUAUGAAGUCCGGGCCAAGAUAGUGGUGUUGGCUACUGGUGGCUUCCAAGGGUCACCCAGUCUCACAGCCACCUACAUCGGCCCGGGGGCUGACAAUAUCUUUGUACGGUCCAAUCGAGGAUCCGUGGGAGACGGUCUCAGCUUAGCUCUGGCAGUUGGCGCUGGAACAAGUCGCGGGAUGAACACUUUCUACGGGCAUCUCCUGGCUGCCCCAGUCCGAGCGGAACAAGUCAAUCCAGAAGACUAUCUCGCUUUGGCUCAGUAUCAAAGCAAGUACUGUUUACUCUUGAAUGAGUCAGGACGACGGUUCGCCGAUGAGACAACAGGUGAUGAAAUCGUCAAUCAACAUCUGGCAAAGCAAAGCAACCGUCGCGGUUUCAUUCUUUUCAAUGAGGUAACACGACUUGAACAUUGUACCGGUGCAUUGUUCCCUAAUGCCGGAGACAUCCAUCGACUUGAUAAGGCCCGCGACUACGGCUGCAAUGUCGGGGAGGCAUCUACUCUGGGCGAUUUGAUCGACAUCUUGGGCCGAUGGGGCAUCAACAAGAAACAGGCAGCUCGUACACUAGAUGAGUACGACCGCGUUACUCGCCAAAAGCAGAAUGACAUUAUCCUUGAUGCCCCUGUUGGAUAUUGCGGAUCACCCCCGGCACCCCUGAUUGAUGGCGAAGGCCCUUUUUAUGCCAUGGAAGUUCAGCCAUCAGUCACGUUUACAUAUGGUGGGAUUUCAAUUGAUUCCCAAGGCCAAGCGCUGACCCAGGACAAGACCGUCAUCCCCGGUCUUCUUGUGGCGGGCGUCGAUGCUGGCGGAUUCAGCAACUUUGGGUACGCCGGUGGUCUUGCCCUGGCCUUUGUGACGGGCCUAUGGUCUGCGAGAGCCAUUGCGCAUAACCUGGGGUUGCCUCAACCGUGUCUUCCUGCUGCCAACCCGAGCGAUGCGAGCCCUCUUCAUGGACGCCUAUGA